AUGAUUGGAAAAAAGAUAUUGCAACUAUUUUAUAUUUCGUUCACAUUUCUAUUGAUUGUUAAAGCGACCGAAAUAUCUGACAUUACCUUUGCCAACCUUUCCGUUAUUGCAUUAUCUGAAGCCUAUCCACAUUUAGGUUGGGAAGCCAGUUUUGACUUUUCCAUUGAAGAUGCAUCCACAAUCAAGCAAGGUGACACAUUUACUUUAAAUUUGGAGCAUGUCUAUCGUUUAUUGUUGAAUGGUGAUAAUUCUAGUAACAUGACAAUUUCCCUAGAUGAUGGUACUGAUAUUUUUAACUGUUAUGUCGCACAACAAGCAGCUUAUCUAUACCCAAACACUAUCUUUGUUUGUGAAGCCAUAGGUAAUUUUUCUGCAUAUUCACUUAUUACAGGCAAUAUUACUUUCGGAUUAACCUUCAGUUCAGGUGAUUCUGCCUACGAAUAUGAGCUGGAAGGUGCAAAUUAUUAUGAGAAUGGUACAACUACCGUAAGUUUUGGGGAUCAGAUGUCUACCGAUAUUAUUUUUGAUUCUUCUUCCUUCGAUAUGGACUUUUAUUUUAUAAGCCGUACUACAUCCUAUGACAGUAUUGAGGUUUAUUACUUGGGUAUGAAUUGUCCAAGUGGUCAUCUAGUAGGAGGCACUGAAACUAUAGAUUUCGAUAGCACCGACGAAGGUUUAGAUAUUGACUGUUCUUCAGUACAAGUUUACGUGUCUAACGAAUUUAACGAUUGGUGGUUACCAAAAAGUUAUAACGAGACUGACGCAGAUACUCUCUGUUUUGAUGAUACCUUAAUGAUUUCUGUAGGGGAAUCCAAACCUGAAGAUAUGUUAUUUGUUAAUGUUCUUCAAACAAUCACCAGUGGUGCUACUACAGUAUUGCAUGAUAUCAAUAUGCAAUACACUUGUAUGGAUACAACUUAUAACACCACUUACGUCACCUCUAUCUCUACGUAUAAUAUGCUAAGUAUUAAGCAAGGCUACCAGGCUGCAGCUGCAGCUGCUAGGAAUAUUGCUAUAGAAACUUCUAGUAUUCCUAUCACAUCUACUACCACCACUGGGUGGACUGGAUCAUACACUACUACCUACUCUACCGAAUCCACCUUCGUAACUGGCAGUAACAGUGAAACUACCCCAGAAAUUGUCUACCACGUUGAAACUCCAAGCACUGAAUUAGUUUCUACUACCACCACUGGCUGGACUGGAUCAUACACUACUACCUACUCUACCGAAUCUACUUUCGUAACUGGCAGUAACAGUGAAACUACUCCAGAAAUUGUCUACCACGUUGAAACUCCAAGCACUGAAUUAGUUUCUACUACCACCACUGGCUGGACUGGAUCAUACACUACUACCUACUCUACCGAAUCUACUUUCGUAACUGGCAGUAACAGUGAGACUACUCCAGAAAUUGUCUAUCACGUUGAAACUCCAAGCACUGAAUUAGUUUCUACUACCACCACUGGCUGGACUGGAUCAUACACUACUACCUACUCUACCGAAUCUACUUUCGUAACUGGCAGUAACAGUGAAACUACCCCAGAAAUUGUUUAUCACGUUGAAACUCCAAGUACUUCUAUGGUUUCCUCUACUUCAAGCAGUUCAAUUAAUACAACCACUCUAUCUACUGUAUUAUCAUUGCCAAGCUCUUCUUCUAUUACAAUCACCAGCUCAAAUAGGACAUCAAGUGUUUUAACUAGUACUCCAGGCACGAGCAUCAUCUCCACUAUUUCAAACUCACUAAGUACCGUAUCUUCUUCAAAGAGCUCGAGUAUUGUAACCCCUCCAUCAUCUAUCAAAUCUGACAAAACAACAUCAAGUACCAUAGUGCCACCUGUUAUUGUAACAUCUAAUGAUGUAACCACAAGCACCGAGACAGUAACCACUGAAUCAAUAACAUCUUCAACUACAACUCUCUCGAGCGGAGCAAGCAGCUCAGUACCUCCAGUCUCUACGGGAGAUAUUGUUUCUACAACUACUAAAUCUACCAAGAACUCAACUACCUCUACAUCAUCCCUCUUUUCACGUUCACAAAUAACAAGUGAGUCCACUUACGUUGUUCAAUCGUCAACGUCCUCAACUAGCGUCCCGCAAGUCACCCAAUAUGUGGGCACCGGUAACACAAAAAAACAAACGGGAUAA